UAAAAGGAUCAAGUCUUUAUUAUAAAGAUAAAACUGCCCCUCCUACCUGUCCCGCCUCCAUCACAGCUGGAGCUCUGAAUCAUUCCAGGAAGUUCACCUGUACGGCUUUCUGUUGAGACCUUUCUUCUUUAACUCUGUCAACAAACCAUGAAGGUAAAAGUGUGUGUGAGCUGAUAUGAAUUAAGCAGCAUGGAUCAGUGUGAGGACAGAGAGGAAGGAGCCCCUCCCUCUAAAAUCCCUCGGUUUGAGGAACAUGAGAGCCAGAGCAAAGCUCAGAGAAAUCAGCCUCAACCUGAACCCAAAUCUGAACUUGGACCUGGACCUGAGCCCAGCUGUGUGUCCAUGAAGAGCGACCAGUCGAAACAUCAUCUUAUUAAUUUCAAAUCUGACCAACUUCCAGCGGCAAAGAGCUUGGACCAGCAGAGCUCAGAGGUACCAUUUGGUCAGUCUGCCAAGCAGCAUCAGACAGAGCUGGACUCCAUAUUUAGGUCGCUGCAGGACAACAUGAUCACUUUUGUGAAGAACGAGCUGAAGAAGAUUAAAAAGCUUCUGAGUCCAGAUUAUCCAGAAUGCUCAGUGUUGGAGGGUGAGGAUGAAGAGCAGAGGAGCAGCAGAGAUGCAUUUGUGAAGAUCACAGUGGACUUCCUGAAGAGGAUGAAGCAGGAAGAGCUGGCUGAGCGUCUGCAGAGCAAACUUUUUUCUGUAGUUUGUGGAUGUAAACAUAAAUCUGUUCUGAAGAAGAAGUUCCAGUGUGUGUUUGAGGGGAUUUCUAAAGCAGGAAAUCCAGCCCUUCUGAACCAGAUCUACACAGAGCUCUACAUCACAGAGGGAGGGACUGCAGAGGUCAAUGAUGAACAUGAGGUCAGACAGAUUGAAACAGCAUCCAGGAAACCAGACAGACCAGAAACAACCAUCAGACGAGAAGACAUCUUUAAACCCCCACCUGGAAGAGAUGAACCAAUCAGAACAGUGAUGACAAAGGGAGUGGCUGGCAUUGGGAAAACUGUCUUAACACAGAAGUUCACUCUGGACUGGGCUGAAGACAAAGCUAACCAGGACAUCAAGUUCAUUUUUCCUCUGACUUUCAGAGAGCUGAAUGUGCUGAAAGAGAAAAGGUUCAGCUUGGUGGAACUUGUUCAUCACUUCUUUACUGAAACCAAAGAAGCAGGAAUCUGCAGCUUUGAAGAUUUCCAGGUUGUCUUCAUCUUUGAUGGUCUGGAUGAGAGUCGACUUCCUCUGGAUUUUCACAACAAUGAGACCCUGACUGAUGUUACAGAGUCCACCUCAGUGGAUGUGCUGCUGACUAACCUCAUCAGGGGGAACCUGCUUCCCUCUGCUCGCCUCUGGAUAACCACACGGCCUGCAGCAGCCAAUCAGAUCCCUCCUGACAGUGUUGGCAUGGUGACAGAGGUCAGAGGGUUUUCUAACCCACAGAAGAAGGAAUACUUUAGGAAGAGGUUCAGAGAUAAGAAGAAAUCCAGCAGGAUCAUCUCCCACAUCAAGUCAUCACGAAGCCUCCACAUCAUGUGCCACAUUCCAGUCUUCUGCUGGAUCACUGCUACAGUUCUGGAGGAUGUGCUGGAAACCAGAGAGCGAGCAGAGCUGCCCAAGACCCUGACUGAGAUGUACAUCCACUUCCUAGUGGUCCAGACCAAAGUCAAAAGGGUCAAGUUUGAUGGAGGAGCUGAGACAGAUCCACUCUGGAGUCCAGAGAACAUGAAGAUGAUUGAGUCUCUGGGAAAACUGGCUUUUGAGCAGCUGCAGAAAGGAAACCUGAUCUUCUAUGAAUCAGACCUGACAGAGUGUAGCGUCGAUAUCACAGAAGCCUCAGUUUAUUCAGGUGUGUUCACACAGAUCUUCAUAGAGGAGAGAGGACUGCACCAGGAGAAGGUGUUCAGCUUCGUCCAUUUGACUGUUCAGGAGUUUCUUGCUGCUCUUCAUGUCCGUCUGACCUUCAUCAAGUCUGGUGUCAACCUGAUGGGGGAGAGAGAAACAUCCAAGAUUCCUCAAAUCCUUAAUCUACAAUGUGUCGAUCAGUGGGCUGUGUACAAGGCCUUACAGAGUCCAAAUGGACACCUGGACUUGUUCCUCUGCUUCUUCCUGGGUCUUUCACUGCAGACUAAUCAGAGUCUCCUACGAGGCCUGAUGACAGAGACAGGAAGUAGCUCACAGACCAAUCAGGUAACAGUCCAGUACAUCAAGGAGAAGCUCAGUGAGAGUCUGUCUACAGAGAGAAGCAUCAAUCUGUUCCACUGUCUGAAUGAACUGAAUGAUCGUUCUCUAGUGGAGGAGAUUCAACAGUUCCUGAGAUCAGGACGUCUCUCUACAGAUAAAAUGUCUCCAGCUCAGUGGUCAGCUCUGGUCUUCAUCUUACUGUCAUCAGAAGACCUGGAUGUGUUUGACCUGAAGAAAUAUUUGUCUUCAGAAGAGGCUCUUCUGCGGCUGCUGCUAGUUGUCAAAGCCUCCGACAAAGCUCUAUUAAGUGUGUGUGGCCUCUCUGAGAAGAGCUGUAGAGCUCUGUCUUCAGUUCUCAGCUCUCAGUCCUCCAGUCUGACGGAACUGGAUCUGAGUAAUAACGACCUGCUGGAUUCAGGACUGAAGCAGCUCUGUGAUGGACUGAAGAGUCCAAACUGCAAACUGGAAAAUCUCAGGCUGUCAGGCUGUCUGAUUACAGAGGAAGGCUGUGCUUCUUUGGCCUCAGCUCUCACCUCCAAUUCAUCCCAUCUGAGAGAACUGGACCUCAGCUACAACCAUCCAGGAGACUCCGGAGUUAAGCUGCUGAUGGCUGUACUGAAGGAUCCAAACAAGCUCAGGGUGGAGCCUGCUGGAGAACAAUGGCUGAGACCAGGUUUGAGGAAGUAUUCCUGUCCACUCACCAUCGACACAAACACAGUGAACAAAAACCUCAAACUGUCUGACAACAACAGGAUGGUGACAUAUGAGGAGAAGCUUCACUCGUAUCCUGAGCAUCCAGACAGAUUUGAUGAAAGGCCUCAGCUGCUGUGUGAAAAUCUUCUGACAGGUCGCUGUUACUGGGAGGUGGAGUGGAGAGGAAACGUUUAUAUCUCAGUGACUUACAGAGGAAUCAGAAGAAGAGGAAAAACCAGAGGCUGUUUGUUUGGUCACAAUGAUCAGUCCUGGAAUCUGGUUUGCUCUGAUGAUGAAGGUUAUGCUGUCUGCCACAAUUACAGAAAAACACACAUCUCUUCCUCCUCGUCUUCCUCCUCUUCCUCUGUCUCUAACAGAGUCGCUGUGUAUGUGGACUGUCCUGCUGGAACUCUGUCCUUCUACAGAGUUUCCUCUGAUGCCCUGAUCCACCUCUACACCUUCAACACCACAUUCACCCAUCCUCUGCUUCCUGGACUGGGGUUUUGGUUUAGGUCAUAUGGUUCCUCGGUGUUUGUGUGUUGAGGAUAAAGGGUUUCAUCCUGUUAGUGAAACUCGUACAGAUGAACUGACAUGUCAGUUUGUACAUUUCUGCCCCUUCCACAUAUAUUCAGUCACUGUCUCUUGUAAACUCUUCUAAAUGAUUUCGUGGAAACUUCUUCUUUCAGUCCUUCAAAGAUUUAAGUUGUUAUACCUUGAGAAUGCAGAUGUUGUUUUUUUGUCCAUUUCCAGUAAAAGAUUCUCAUUGAAUAUUAGUAUACCGUGUUACAAUACUCAGAGCAUUUUUGUUUACUUGGGCUAUUCCGUCUUUAUUUGGUCUAACAUGAUUAUUUAUUUAGAAAAAGUUAUCAAUGCACUCAUUUUCUCCAGACUCUACUACUGCAACUCCCUCCUCUCCUGUCUUGACAAUAGAUCCCUCUCUCGCUCCCAACUUGUUCAAAACACAGCAGCUAGGCUUUUAGCAGAAGACAGCAUAUUACAUUUAGCCUUGCUGCACAGGCUCCCUGUACGUUUUAGAAUCGAUUUUAAAGUUUUACUGAUUACUUUUAAAGCUUGUUUAGGUCUGGUUCCCGGCUACAUUACAGAUUUACUGACACACUAUGACCUUCCCACAGCCUUAGAUCCUCAGGCAGGUCCCUUUUAGCUGUGCCAGGGUCCAAACUCAAGACCAGAAGUGACCGAGCUUUUACAGUCCAAGCCCUUCGACUCUGGAACGACCUGCCUGAGGAGAUAAGGCUGGCACCAUCAGUUUCAUCUUUUAAGUCACAUUUUUAUCCACUGGCCUUUUUUAUAACAUUUUUAUUGACUUUAUUUUUAAAAUGUACU